AUUUACUCAAUUAAUAAACAGCAUUAAUUACAUUUAUUAUUUAGUUGAAAUUUAAUAAUGAUCAUGAGUACUACUCACAUAAAACAUGAAAAUCCUUCAACUGAUGAUCAACAUUUUGAUCUUAAAAAUAAACAAAUUAAUGGAUUUACUAUCGAUGCUAUCUUAGGAAAUCGCACUAUUAGACAGAAUAAAAUAUCUUUAAGUGAAAUGGAAAUAACUUCAAUAGAUAAUAAAUGUUUUAAACAAAUUAAUACGUGUUACAAUAAUUCAACAUUUAACACAGGUAACAGAAUGAUAUAUCAACCAAAGACGUCGAUAGUAUCUCAAUACCCAUUUGAUAAACAAUGGAAUAAUUAUGAAAUAUCAGCAAAUAAUACUACAAUUACUACUAACACUACUUCUAUUAGUAAUAAUAAUAAUAAUAGCGCACAGGAUGAUCAUUUCGACGAAUCUAAUCAUCACCAUCAACAUAUUAGAGAAAACCAAGAAAUUUCAAAACAUUAUAAAAAUCGUAGUCCACGUAUCCCAUUUACCCGGGAUCAGUUAUAUGGAUUAGAGACAAAAUUUCAAAAAUCUAAAUAUUUAAGUGGUUGGGAGGUGAAACAAUUGGCAAAAAAUUUAAAUCUUACAGAAACACGAGUUAAAAUAUGGUUUCAAAAUCGACGAGCAAGAGAACGUCGUGAUUCUACUGAAGGAAAUCUGUAUUCACAUAAUUCCAAAGAAGUUGCAGAAACAAAUUAUAAAUAUUCAAAUUAUUCUUUACAUGAAAACGAUAAUUGUACUAUACCAGUGAAUAAACACAAUGAUAUGAUAACUGAGAAUGUGAAUAUUUUAUCAAACACUUGUUUAACUUCUCCAAAUUUCAUUGCAACAAAUUUAAAUGAAUCAAAUUUUGUUGUUGAUUUCUUUUCAAAUAUUAAAACAACAUUAAAUAGCAUCACAAAUAAUUUAACUUUACAACCGUAUAAUAAUUAUAUUAAAUCACUAACUGAUAUGGAGUAUAAAGGAAACUAUACACCAGUCGAAGGUGACAUAAAUAAUAAUAAUAAUAAUAAUAAUGCUGCUGCUGAUGAUGAUUACAAUACUGUUAACAAAGUACCCCUAAUUCACGACCAUACACCCUAUGGAGAUUAAUGAACUAUUUUAGAGGUGCUAGAGAAUUCCUUUCCUGGUUCUCCUGAUGUAAAUAUGUAUAAGCCAUUUUUCUACGUAACAAAGUAUAAUUUAUUCUCAACAAAAAUCAGAAACAGUUAUUGGAUUUUUAAAAAAAGGUUAUCGUUAAAAACAAACACAAAU